UCCCACCGUGCGUAUCCGUUGGUGUGUCGGUUCUCUCUGUGUUGGAAAAAAAAAGCACCGUGCGGUUCGCAGCGAUGUCAGUCCAGGCUGUGGCAGCGAAAAUGGCCGAGGUCGAAUUAAAAGACGUGGCCGGUAAAGACGCUUCCCCCGCCAUUUCUCCGCUGACACCGAAGGCAGAGGAGAAGAAGAGUGAAAGCAACUCGAGUUCGUCGUCAGCAGCGGCGGCGGCCGCGGCGGUGGAGCCGAGCCCGGUGACCGCCGCUCCGAACCCCGUGAAGAUGCCGCAGGCGUCCGCGAUGAAGCGGCCGGAUCCGCAGCAGAACGGCGGCGAGGCGUUCGUCAACUGCGACGGCACAGUGGCCGAGGCACCACGAAUGAAAAAGAUCCAGUUUGCAGACCAGAAGCAGGAGUUCAACAAACGUCCCACCAAGAUUGGCCGCAGGUCUUUGUCUCGCUCCAUCUCACAGUCUUCUACAGACAGCUACAGCUCAGCUGCCUCGUACACCGACAGCUCCGAUGAUGAAACCUCUCCACGCGACAAGCAGCAGAAGAACUCCAAGGGCAAUGCAGACUUCUGCAUAAAGAACAUCAAACAGGCCGACUUCGGACGCAGGGAGAUCGAGAUUGCCGAGCAAGAGAUGCCUGCUCUCAUGGCGUUGAGGAAGAGAGCUCAGGGAGAGAAGCCGCUGGCUGGAGCCAAAAUUGUGGGUUGCACCCACAUCACUGCACAGACUGCUGUGUUGAUGGAGACCCUCUCCGCUCUGGGUGCUCAGUGCAGGUGGGCCGCCUGUAACAUCUACUCCACUCAAAACGAAGUAGCAGCCGCUCUGGCCGAGGGAGGUUUCUCAGUGUUUGCCUGGAAGGGUGAAUCGGAGGAUGAUUUCUGGUGGUGUAUCGAUCGCUGUGUUAAUGUGGAAGGCUGGCAGCCCAACAUGAUUUUAGACGAUGGAGGAGAUUUGACUCACUGGAUCUAUAAGAAAUAUCCCAACAUGUUUAAAAAGAUCAAAGGCAUCGUAGAGGAGAGCGUUACUGGAGUUCACAGGCUAUACCAGCUGUCAAAGGCUGGCAAGUUGUGUGUUCCCGCGAUGAAUGUUAACGAUUCAGUGACCAAGCAGAAAUUCGACAACCUCUACUGCUGCCGGGAGUCCAUCUUGGAUGGUCUAAAAAGGACCACAGAUGUGAUGUUUGGAGGGAAGCAGGUGGUGGUGUGUGGAUAUGGAGAGGUUGGAAAAGGCUGCUGUGCCGCUCUCAAAGCGAUGGGCUCUAUUGUCUAUGUGACUGAGAUUGACCCCAUCUGUGCCCUACAGGCCUGCAUGGACGGCUUCAGACUGGUAAAACUCAACGAAGUUAUUCGACAAGUCGACAUUGUCAUCACCUGCACAGGCAAUAAAAAUGUGGUAGUAAGAGAGUACAUGGACCGCAUGAAGAACGGCUGUAUUGUCUGCAACAUGGGCCACUCCAACACCGAGAUUGAUGUGGCCAGUCUGCGAACCCCUGAGCUGACCUGGGAGAGGGUGAGGUCGCAGGUGGAUCAUGUGAUCUGGCCCGAUGGAAAGAGAAUAGUGCUGCUGGCAGAGGGUCGCCUCCUAAACCUCAGUUGCUCCACUGUUCCUACCUUUGUGCUGUCUAUCACCGCAACUACCCAGGCACUGGCUCUGAUAGAGCUAUACAAUGCUCCUGAAGGCCGCUACAAACAGGACGUCUACCUGCUGCCUAAAAAAAUGGAUGAGUACGUGGCCAGCCUUCAUCUUCCUACGUUUGAUGCACAUUUGACUGAGCUAUCUGAUGAACAGGCCAAAUACCUCGGCCUGAACAAGAAUGGACCCUUUAAGCCAAAUUACUACAGGUACUAGAAGUGGGGAAACGAAGACUAAAGAAAUUACCAAGACUCCAUAAUUCAUACAGACUAAAGUGAAACAGAGCUGUGUGUCACAGCUUGCAUUUGGAGGGGAGGGAGAAGCCCUGAUCUGAUUGGUUGGGGGUGAAGGGCGUGGCUAAUUAUCGCUACGGCAGUGUUUAUUUAUUUUACGCUAGAAUAACAUAGCUAACCUUUUAUGAGCUGCUACUGCCAGUGGUGCAACCUAGCGAUGUUUUCACCAUUUCAUCUUUUAGCUUUAUGUGUUAGUUGUACGUAAUCCAUUUAGAUAUCUUUUAUCGUUUAAUUAUAAGUUCUGGUUAAAAAAAACAAAACAAAAAAAAAAAACUAUGUUUGCUCAUCCAAUGAUUUAGUUAUGGACAUGCCACGUUGUCCUGUUCUCUUGUUUUCUACGUUUGAUUUAUUUUUUUUUCUUUAUAUGAUACAGGGGGUGGGACAGAAUUGUGGUUGGGCGCAGGGCUUCAAAUCGUUCUUUUUAAGUUGAUCACACUAUUCAAAUUUUGUUUAUUUUUUAAAAACUGUAUUAAUUUUUACAGCAAAUUUUAAAUUUUUGCGCUCUCGGCUAAAUAAAAGCUGAUCAAAUUUAACUGGAUUGUGAACGUUUCGGGGGCGGGGCUUAUCCCCUCUGUUCACUCAGACUGGAAUCUCAUUGGCUGAGGCAUUAGCAUUUCAAAUGUCCCUUUCAAACGCAACACGCUCCUUCCACACGGUUUCCAUGAACACCAGUAUUGAUGUUUGAGAUGGAAAUGCUCAAACUGUGCGCAAUCUAUCCACGUUAUUGCUGAAACUCGUCAGGCUGUGUAAUCACAGGGGUGUAUAUUAAGAUAUUUAUAAUUUUAUUAUUAUUUUUUUUUUCUUUCUGCCAUCCUCUUUUGUUCCUACUAACUCAUCCUCUGUCAUUAUAAAAAAAAAAAUAAGCAAUUAAAUGUUAUAAGAUAUUCUAGUGUAAUAUGAAAUUUAAUGAAACCCUUGUUUUAUAUACUGUGAAGUAGAGCCUAUAUCAAUGAGAUACCAAAUGUACAGUUAAUCCGGUACCAAGUUUCUUUCCAGGUCCUCUGCAGAUUUAGUCUGGAACACAAUGAUAGAGAAAUGUAUGUAAACCGAAGCCAAGACCAACCGUGUACUCAUUUCAGAGGACAGAAGGAAAAUUUUGCUGUUUGCAGGCCUGUAGAGCAAAAGCUGCCUUUGUGACUGGGAUAUUCAAAAUAUAAUAAAAUUGGGACCUUUAUUUUGCUACACUUCUGAAAAUCUUUAUGGCAGAUAUUUAUCUUCUCUUUGCCAUUUGUGUUUGUCAUAAAGGGAAUCGAAAUGAGCUUGUCCGUUUCCUGUUUAAUGUGGCGUCUCUUUCCUUCGCUCAGGACCGUCUCACAUGGAUGUGUGUGUCAUGUAGGUGUCGAGUAGCCAGUGGAACACUUGCAGCGCAGAAUACUUUUCUUUGAUUGUCCUGCCCAAAGUAUACUUCGUUGUGCUUUUUUUUUUUUUUUUUUUAAUCAACAGUCGAAUGCACAGCUGUUCAAAGUAGGCUGCUCCUUUUGCUAGCACGCAUGGACACAGGCGCUCGGCAUGUGCACUAGAAAGAGUUAUACGUCUCCAGCAUCUGAACCUUUUCUCUGCAAAAGUUAAGAGCAUAUGUUUUGGUCUUUUCACACGAGCCUCCUCACCCCUUACCAGCGCAAGCGUCUGCUGUUUUUAAGAGAGUUUUCAAUAGUUUGUUUUGUCUCCUCUGUAUAAUUUCCAAAAUGUGAAACAGUGGCCCAGGCAUUCCCUAUGGAAGCCUGUUUCAAUCACAGAAUAAACAGAAAUAAUCACAACGUUUUGUCUCACAUUUUGGACUUUUUUUCCAGAGUUUUUGAGAUGUAAACCACAAUUGUGAGACAUAAACUUGCAUUUCAUCUUGCAUCUCACGAUUUUAACAGAAUUGCAAGAUAAUUGCAACUUUUUAUUAUACAUUUUUUUUAUUUUUAUCUUAAGUUUGGACCUCUUUGGAGAAUUUCUAUCUCGCAGAUUUCUGUACACAGAGCUACAAGAUAAUUACAACUUAAUAUCUCACAAUUCAGACUGCUUCAAGUUGGUUUGUAUCUUGCAAUUUUGAGUUAACAUCUUUUGAGAAUUGUGAUUUUUACAAAUGCAUUUGCAUCUUGCAAUUCUUUUUCUUCUUGUGAGGAAUUCGCAAUUCUAAGUUAAUUUGGAAAAUUAGCAUUUUUUUUUUCAUAGUUAUUUUUCAGAGACGUCUCGUUCUUUUAUCUGAAAAAAAUUCAGAAUAUUUCUUGCAUAUGGUGACUUUAUAUCUCAACUCAGAAUUGCUCAGUCGUCUCACAAUUAUUGCUUGCGUCUAUUUACCGCUCUUAAUUUGUUUCCUAUAGAUUGUGAGAUGAAAGUUGCGAUUCUGUUGGGUUUCUAUCUUAUGGAUAAACAAGUGCUGUAUAGAUAGAUAUGUUGAAAAUGCAUGAGCGAGCUGACAGUAUGUUACUUGUAUGGUUAGAAAAAAACGGGCUGCGUUUGAACUGUGCAUGUGGUGACAUUCACAUACUUUACAUGUACCCUAGCAUACGUGUAAAAACCGAAGUAUACUUUGGGCUCUUUGGUCCCUGAUUAUUGACUCUCUUAAACUUCUCUUAACAUUACCAAACCCUAAAGGCAUACAACGGUGUUCUAUUUCCUCCCAAACAUUUGCUUUUACAAACAGAAGGUGGGUUUAAUGAUUGUUCCUCUUCCGUUGUUAGUAUGUGCUGCUCUUGUAGUUUGUGUCCAGAGAGUCUACGUUAGUAUUAAAAAUGUAAAUGUGCUGUUAUCCCAUGUCUCCUCAAUAACACUUCUGUCAUGUCUUUAUCUGCUUACACACGAUCUCUGUACUAAAGCACAUCUGUUGGUGUACGUCUUGUUCAAAUGUGUUCAACCCGUUGUCUUAAUUUUAUUGCAUUUUUAUUUGCGAAGGUACAUGUGCGUGCGUGUGCAUUAUAAUGUGUUCGAAGGGGCUCGUGUGCACAAACGGUGCUGUGUGGCAGUAGACGGUGGUUCCAGGCCUGGGAUUCUUCCGGAUGCUUUUAUAACCACGUGGAGCACAUUGGGAUCAACACCAGCACCUCUUACAGAGAAUGAGCAUUGAUGAAAAGAAGCUAAAACAUCUGUAUAUUUAUUGUUGUAAAUCACUACAAAUAAGAAAGUCUUUAAAGAUGAGUUGUCAACAAUGUUUAAAUAUUGCAAGUGAUGGUAGAUGAGCAAUAAUCUGUAAUCUUGAAGAACAAAAAUAAAAAAAUCACAAAUAUAAACACUUUUUUUGCAGGCA